AUGCCGUACAACACGUCCGCCAUCCCUCCGCGAAUGGAGCCGACAGGACACACCCAGCUCCCGUUGUCGAGGGUCAAGAAGAUCAUCAGCCAAGACUCCGACAUCGCCAUGUGCUCCAACAACGCCGCCUUCAUCAUCACAUGCGCUACCGAAAUGUUUAUUCAACAUAUCUCCGACGCAGCACACACGCAGGCAAAGCUAGAACGAAAGCCGCGGCGCAACAUCCAAUACAAAGACGUUGCAACCGCCGUCUCACACCAGGACAACCUCGAGUUCCUCGAAGACAUCAUCCCCAAAACUGUCCCCUUUAGGAAGAUCAAGGCCACGGCGAGGGAAACCCAGGCCCGCCUCCGUGGCGAGAAGCCCAUCGACGAGUUGCUGCCCGCCUCGUCCCGCGCCGCCGCCGCCGCCGCUCCCUUGGUUAACGGCGCCGCCGCCGCCACGGCUGCCGACGCUCCCAUCGUCAACGGCGAGGCCUCUGCCUUGAGGGUCCCGCACCACGCCGACGACGGGGACGAUGGCCCAAGCAAUCAGCUCGAGCUCGAGAUGAGGCAGGCCGAGCGCGUUGGUCCCUCCGGCGAUCCCGACGUGAACAUGUCGGGCUAG